GGGCUUUGCAGGAAGAGGAUCCACCUAUGAUGUCAGCUCUGAAGAAGGUGUUGCCAGGCAUACUGAAGAAGCAUUGCUGUAUCAUACCAGACAGGAACACAGGUGUCAAGCGGUUGCUGAUGAAAUUGAAGAGCAGGGAGAUAUACUCAGACCAGCAGUAUUCAUGGUCGCCCACGCAGUACUUCGAUGAGGACAGCUACUCCCCUCCACCCAGGAACAUGAAGGGUCUCUCUGGCGGCCGCCCUGCCCAGCUCCAGCUCACCUCUCCCAUCUCAGCCCACACCUGCGGCCUGGCUGAAUGCGACCAUGCCCUGGACCAUCACCUCCACUAUAGCAACUCACGCCCCCCCUCCUACCUCCUUAGCCCCACAGAGAGCUGCCCCCUUGAGAGUCACCACCGCUGCUCCCCGCGGAGCUCCAUCCACUCUGAAUGCAUGGUCAUACCAGUUUCCAUGUCGGCCACGGACCAUUCCAUGUCUAGUAGCACUUUCCCCCGCAUGCACUACGGCAGCGCAACGCGGGAAAGCGGGGGCAACAACUCUGGCAGCAGGGACCCCCGAGAUGACGGUGGAUCGUCCUCGCACGGUGGCAGCGGCAAAAUGAACAGAAUCCCAGCAAACCUCCUCGACCAAUUUGAGAAGCAGAUGCCGCUGCACCGGGAUGGCUUCCACACGCUGCAAUACCAACGCACCUCCACUACAACCACGACUACAGAGCAACGCAACGAAAGCCCGGGGAGAAUACGCCACUUAGUCCACUCUGUACAGAAGCUCUUCACAAAAUCGCACUCACUGGAAGGUUCCUCAAAGAUGAACGGCACCAAAGGCGACUCGCAGCGGGACAACUCGCACCACCACCAUCACCACCACCAAGGCCACCAUAAACACAGCAAACGCAGCAAGAGCAAAGAACGUAAAUCUGAAGGAAGCGGCAAGCAGCGCUCAGGAGGUUGGUGGAGUUCGGACGACAACCUGGAUAGUGACAGUACGUACAGAACACCCAGCGUCAUGUCACGGCAUCCUGUGGAGCACAUCGGCCACUGCUACCCUGACUCGAUACAUAGCCACCUAGCUGGAGACCUGUCCCUCAAGACAUCCAAGAGUAACAACGAUGUCAAGUGCUCAGCCUGCGAGAGCAUCAGCAUGGCGCCAGAGGGAAAGUUCAUGAAGAGGAGCUCCUGGUCAACGCUGACGGUUAGUCAAGCCAAGGAGGCCUACAGGAAGUCCUCACUCAACCUGGAGAAGCCCAUGACACCCAGCGACCUCAAGCCCAACAUCAGGCCCUGCCACUAUCUUCAGGUGCCCCAGGAUGACUGGGGAGGUUACCCUGGCGGCGGGAAGGAUGAUGAGAUCCCUUGUCGUCGGAUGCGGAGCAGCAGCUAUGUUAAAGCCAUGGGGGACGAGGAGAGCGGAGAGUCGGACUCCAGCCCCAAGACAUCGCCUCAGAAGGUGGUGCGGCCCGACGCCCUGGUCAAAGCCAUCAUCAGACCCAGGGAACUGCUGGACUCCCACAGUCAGAGCUACCACUUGCAAGCCACCAGGGACGUGCACCCAAGCAUUGCCCUGGAUCCCUCUGCCAACUACAACUCUCCCAAGUUUCGCUCCAGGAACCAGAGCUACAUGCGGGCAGUCAGCACCCUCAGCCAGGCUAGCUGUGUUAGCCAAGUGAGCCAGGUGAGUGAGACAGAAAUAAACGGCCAGUUUGAAUCAGUGUGCGAGUCGGUGUUCAGUGAGGUUGAAUCCCAGGCCAUGGAGGCGUUGGAUCUGCCCGGCUGCUUCAGAACUCGGAGUCACAGCUACCUGCGAGCCAUCCAGGCCGGCUACUCCCAGGAUGAUGACUGCAUCCCCCCCAUGGCGUCCAGCGUCGCCUCCACCAUCAGGGCUACCACAGGGAUCCAGUUCUGCCUCCCCUCCACCUGCAGCAUUGAUCGGAUCCCCCAACAAACCCCAGCCAUCACCUACACAUCCAACUACAAGAAGACCCCUCCUCCACCGGUCCCGCCCCGCACCACCUCCAAGCCCCUCAUCUCCAUCACGGCCCAGAGCAGCACCGAGUCCACCCAGGACGCCUACCACGAGGGGAGGCACCCUCACGGCGGCAUGUGGGCCCCUGACGGCCUCUGCCUGGGGCUCAACCCGGGCAGGGGCCUCUACAACUCCACCGACAGCCUGGACAGCGCCAAGGCUGUGACCAUCGCCAUGGAGGCGGCCGGAGUCAUGUCUGGAAAACGACACCCGUCCACAGACAGCCACAGCUCGGUGCUCACCUGCGACAAGGCCAUCCUGGUGUCCAGGGCUGAGGAGUACCUGAAGACCCCCAGGUCUUCUAUAGGAAUACAGGUGGAAGCAGCCACGGACUCUGAAUCUGAAAGCAAAGGUUUGCGGGAGUACCACUCCGUUGGGAUCCAGGUGGAGGACAAUAAGAAAGGACAGGGCAGGUUCAAGCGCUCCAACAGUGUGACUGCAGGUGUGCAGGCCGACAUGGAGCUGGAGGGCUUCCCCACCAUGGAGGACAAGGGUCUGCAGUUCGGUGGGGGCUUCCAGCGACAAUCGGAGCCCAGCACGCCCACCCAGUACGGGGCGGUACGGACUGUACGUACCCAGGGGCUCUUCAGCUACCGCGAAGAUUACCGUACCCCCGCUGAACCCGCCAGCCCCAGGGAGACCACCAGCGAGGCCCCCUGGCAGCUGGAGCCCCCCUCCCCGAGGGAGAGCGCGGCCUCACCGGGCGAGUCUGGCAGGGUGCCCCCCUCCCUGAGGAGGGACGGGAGCUGGUUCAUGCAGCUGCUGCACACAGAGACCAAGAGGAUCGAGGGCUGGUGUAAGGAGAUGGAGGCCGAGGCUGAGGAGAACGACCUGACGGAGGAGAUCCUAGGCAAAAUCCGAAGUGCGGUGGGAAGCGCUCAGCUGCUCAUGUCUCAGAAAUUCCAGCAGUUCUACUGGCUGUGUCAGCAAAACCUGGACCCCAGUGCGAUGCCGCGGCCCACCUCUCAGGACCUGGCCGGGUUCUGGGACCUCCUGCAGCUCUCCAUCGACGACGUCACCAUGAAGUUUGACCAGCUGCAGCAGAUCAAGAACAACAACUGGAGGAUCUUAGAGAGCCCGGAGAAGAAGGUGAGGGAUCCCCCCUACACUGAACCCAAACAAGGCCCACCGGCUCCUGUACCAAAGAAGACAAUUCGACAGAGGAGUUUGGUGACACGGGAGAAAUCCCUGGACCUCCCGGACCGGGGGCGGCAGGAGGCCCGUCGGCGGCUCAUGGCAUGCAAGCGCGCGGCCUCCUUCCGGCAGAACUCAGCCUCGGAGCGAGCAGACAGCAUCGAGAUCUAUAUUCCCGAGGCUCAGACUAGACUUUAAAGAGACGGGGUCCAGGGUCGACACGUCUCCCUGCGCCCACGUUCAAACAACUUUAAAACUAGCCUUUUUUCUAGACUGCUACUCUCUCUACUCUUCCUUUCUUCAUCUGUUGUCUGAUCUCAAUAGCCAUCCUCAGAGCCCAUCGCCAACCCCAUUGGUCUGUAGGAUGUGCCGAGCCUCUUCUCCCAUUGCCAGGAUAAGUGUUAGCAGAAAUGUAUGUCUGACAUGGGUUGGUUGGGUUUCUCCUUGGUUUGCUGGGCGUUGUGAUCCCCAGCCUACACACUCUCUCAUCCAAUGUCCUGGAUGGGUAAGGCUGUAGUUUUUCAGCAUUUUGCAAAGUGCCAUUUAAAAAGUGCAGCUUUGAAAACCUACCAGCAACCAGGCCUUUGAGCUAAAACGAGUAAAUGAGAGAAACUAUAAUUUAUUUAAAGUUCAAAAAUUGUCAAAGUGAGUUAACCCUUCAGUAUUUUUCAAUAAUUUAAGUUUUUUCUUGUUUCUCUGGUCUUUUUUGGGGGGUAAAUGUUAAUUACAAGCUAAAUAUCACAAAAUUGUUGUAAGUUCAAACACUUUGAAAAGUGCCAAUGCUUGAAAUACCUCAACUACGUGCAUGUGGCACUGAUCACCCACUCAAGGUUAUUCAGGCAGCCCUUAUAAGCUCUGGACUGGUCAGUGUUGAAAAAUGCAGCUCUCUACUCAAUCUGGUUGUGGUCAAACGUUUUUUCUGGGUCUGGAUUGGUGGAAGGACUACAUCUGUCAGCUCAUUAACAUGCACAUCUCAAAAAACGUUCCUAUAUAUCUCAUUGCCAACUUUCUAAUAUCGACAUUUACUUGAAGCUGAAAACAUGCAAGUCUUGUGCCAACAUUUUCAUUCUGUCGAUGCAGUAGAAAAAAAACUAUGAAGGUUUGUGUAACUCCUUAGAUCAAAAUGUGUAGACAAAUGCACUUAUGCACUUAUUACAAAUCUCUCUAUUUCCAAGGGAAAUGUACAUACCCACAUUCACAAUAGUACUGUUGUAUUUUUGAAUUGUGAGCGGGAAGAAUAUUCAUCUUUUAUUUUAUUUUGUUCUCUUGUUCACUUCUUGUCUGCUCUCUCUAUUGCUUUUGACAAGUCUAGAUUUGUUGCAAAUAUCAAUCACAUGAACACACAACAAAAAACUGCUGUGUUUUCAUCUAAUAAACCUCUCUCAGGCCCUUUCAAGUCUCAGCCACAGUUAAUCAGGAGUGAUAGGAAAACUGCCAAAACAAAAUAUCUGCAUAUGAGUUUCAGUCACCCAAGAAGUGAUUUGUAAUCUUCAUAUUCCUGGAAAGGUUCUGUGUAGAUAAAAGUCCCCUGAAGAACUAUCAUAACUGCAUUCACCAGGCAAGGUUGGAAAUGAAUGAAGCUAAAAUGAUGCGAGCAGCAAGUCCCAAAUAACUUAAACAUCACAAGUUUGUUGAAACACAUAAGGAAUAAGAUAUUGUCUGUGGCUGUGCAGACCAGUGUGUGAUGUUGUGUCACAAUAUGAUGGAUUAAUUUGAUACAUUUGACUUUGAAUCCCAUCAUAGUUUUGAGAUCAUAGUCAAUUGCUCCAGCUCCUCUUGUGUUCAACCUUAGCCUACACACAGGGCUAAGUGAAGGUUUCCACAUUAUAUUAAAACAAGUUGACUACACAAACAAAUCUUGUUUGUAAUUAGUUACACACAAACUACUUGCAUAUACUAACUGGCUCGUGUAACUAGCCCAACCUAGCUAACUGAACCAAAUGGCAAGCUAAUUUUAGCUUGGUAACAUACAGUAUGACACAUUUAGCUUGAGUAGUAAAAUACUUAAUAUCAAAUAGGUUGACAUUUCUUCAAUGUCUUUUAUCAAUAAGGUAAAAUAUUAACA